UCUCCUGCCUGGACAGAGGAUUGUGACCAGCCCUUCCUCCAAGCCCUCUCUGGACAUCUUUUCCCAGCAUCCUCUAACAAAGAUGCGUCAGCUCAAAGGGAAGCCAAAGAAGGAGACAUCCAAGGACAAGAAGGAGCGGAAGCAGGCCAUGCAGGAGGCCCGGCAGCAGAUCACCACGGUGGUUCUGCCUACCCUGGCUGUGGUGGUGCUCCUGAUCGUGGUGUUUGUAUACGUGGCCACGCGCCCCACAGUCACCGAGUGAGAGCACCCCUACUCCAGCUUUCCUCCGCAGGGAUGUCCACGAUGCUGCGCUCCGAGCAGGAGUGCCCUGUCUUUUCUG